AUGCGUACAUCUUUCUUCAAAUUUCGAUUUAUCCUUUCGCUUAUAUCGUAUAUCAAUUUGGUGAAUUCGUUACCGAUCAAGAAGCCAUUGCAAGUACCAUUAACUUCAAAUUAUAUACGUGCGAUUGCGGCGUACAAAAAAUUGGAACCAUAUCUAUCGCAACAUGAACUGAGAACCAUUACUAUCUUAGGUAUAGUGAAUGGCAUUAAAGAUGUUGAAAAGCAAAUGGAAAAGCAUUUAAUAAAUCAACUAAAUGAUUUCCUUUCAAAUACGGACAUGAGUGAUAGGCAAAUUGUUUUGCCUAGAAUUGAAAAAAUUGAACAACAAUUGCAAAGAGAUCGAAAUGCUUUGGAAAUACUCGUUAACUCAAUGGAUUUGGCUAUGAAGAAUAAACAUGUAAAAACAUAUAAAAAAGAGUUACAUGACAUGUUAAGAUCGGUGAGACGUGAGAAUCGUACUUUUAAUGAAAAUAUUGAAAUAUCGGAUUUAAUAGGAAACUUAAGGACAAAUAUAUUAAAGCAAAUCGAUAUGAUGAAAAAUGUGGUAGAUACGAAAGUUAAUCGUACAGUGGACUAUUUGAUAAAAAAUGCUAAUAUAAAUGAUAUAAUUGCCAGAGCUGGUAAAUUGCAGAUAAAAAAGCGAAAUACGGAGAUUGACGAACCGGCACGGAUUGAAAUGAUUAAAAUGAUAUCAUCAGAGGACGAUGUUCGCAAAAAUUUGAUAGAUAUCACAGACGACGAAAAGGCCAAUCACAAUGCGAAUUAUAAAAGAGCUGAAGAUUUUUACGAUAAUUACCAAACAGCUGCCAAUAAUGUUAUUAAAACUAGUCGUCGCAGUAAUCGUAAAAACAACGUUAAUCCUAAUGCCCCAAUCGAAUUAGUGAAUGCAGGCACAAAUGACACAAACAUCAUUGAUGCUAAUAAUACAACGCAUGCUAAGCAAGAGAUUGCCGAUUCCGGUGAGCUGGAUGAUGAUGACUUUGAUAUAGGCGAAGGGGAACCAGCUGCUGGUGGUGGCAUAGUGGGCCUUAUAAGCAGUUUAAGUGGAGGUGAAGGUGGUUCAGAUAUUGGCGCAUUAAUUGGUGCUCUUACUGGCGUUAUUUCUAAUAUAUUUGGUCCGGGCGGUUUGGAUAUUGAGUCGUUAAUUAGCACGGCAACCGCUUUAAUUUCUGGCUUAUUGGCUGGUAAUAAAAAUUUUGGUACGGUUUUGGGUGAAUAUGUUGGGACUGCUUUUGAUGGUCUCUCGGGUGGUGGAGGAGCGAUAAAUAAUGGACAAUUUGUAGGCAAUUUUCUGGGAACUGUUGUUGCUUCUUUAAGUGCAGAUCCUGAGGAAGACGAUGUACCGCCGAGACCUUUUAUAUUUUUAAAAAAUCUUAUUUCAAGUUUUAUAGAAGCGAAAAAUCGUAAAGAAUCCGAUGAAGACGAUUCGGAGGAACGCAAAGAUACCCGUAAAGAAGAUAAUAAAGAUCAAUGGAAAGGUGGCUCAGAUUCGGCAGCAUUUAUUAAGCAUAUUGUCGCUCAUUUGGUAAGCGGUGUGGUAAGCAUAAUAUUGAAUGCUUCAGUGGGUGCAUCAGGUGGUGCUUCGCAAGCUUCACAAUCAAUAUUUACGGGCUCAUCCGGACAUAAACCAGCAGCAGUUGAUGGUAAUGGAUGGUAGUCAUGUUUAUACAAAUAAUUCUAUAUAUAUACAAAUGAUUUUAAAGAAUUUAUUUUAUAAAUUUCGUUUAAAUUCUAUUGAUUAUUGAAAAACCACCAAAGCAUUUAGAAUGCAAUGAAUUUGUCUUAAUGAUAACAAAGAAAGCAAUUAUGCAAUACUUGACUUAAACCGUAUAUUUUAAAGGUUACCAUAACUUGUUUCUAUUGGUUUUAAAUAAAUGCAUUUUCAAAUUAAAGGAAAAAUAUUUCACCAAA